CUCAUCAACUUGCUGCUGACGGGCAAUGAUGUAGCAACAGGCAAUCCUCGCUUAUCCUCCCUCGUCGGCGCCCCCUCUUUUGUGGCAUCAUUUAGUCUCGAAUCUGAUCAUCAUCUGCCUGGCCUGUAGCCAAUAAGACACCCACACUGAGGGUUUUACAGCCGUGGGCUCCCAGUAGGCUCCUGAGGCUAGUGGCCAGCGUUGCAGCCCGUGCGAGCCUGCAAAGCGCGCCAAAGCCUGUGCCUGCGCCCUGCUCCCUCUCGUCUCUUUCCCUCUUUCCAUGGUGACCGCACACAGACGCACUUGGACCAAAGAGCAUGCCACCAGAAAUGAAGAUCCACUGCAACACACAUCCAGCUCACGAAUCCAAAGUGUGACCGAUCCAGGACGAACCCAAACCCUCUUCCUCUUGUAACUCUUCUCUACCCUCGUUAGAACCCACCGACUAUACGGCUACUGCAGAACUCCACCCUCCACAACCACUGUUACCUGCCUAACUGUCUGCGCGAGUCGAUUGAGAGAAUUCUUCCUCUGCAGUAUGACUCUUACCUAACCUUGCUCCAAGAAGGCUUUUGCUCCGGCUACACUUUGAGGACACCAUCCAACUCUCCACCAUCCCUGGACUUCUUCAGGCCUCAGGACUCAGGGCUCCAAGCACCUACAACAAUAUCCAUCCGCCAUGACUGUGCUCGGGCCACGAUCUCACUAAGCCCAACGAACAAUAAUCAUCGACAGGCUGUGGGAUCUUCCUCCGAACUUCUAGUCCUUACUUCGGAUGCUCGUGCUCAGUCUUGGACUGCGCCAGCCGCUCUUCCUCCAUUCUAUAGUCGCUCUUUCAAGGACAACCGAUCGACAAAGCGACAUCAUUAGGGACCAGUAACGGCCCUUGCAGUCCAUUAUAUGUCGACUGCCUCUUUACAUCCUGACCGUUUUGAUAACAGACCAUCAUCGCUUCAACCACGUCUUUGACAGGCUUCUAGAGCAAGAAUCGAACGAACACACGACCGACUCCAUUGACCUACCUCAAUCCGCCUUCUUCCAUACGUGGGAAACGGCAUUCCCUGACAGCUGGCACAUCGGCGUCCAGACAAUUUCGAGAUCCGUAUUGCGUGGUGGUUGCACGACGUCCUUCUGUGACACAAAGGGAAGCUUGCUAUCGGGAAGAGUCUCGGAUACAUACGGCCAAAUACCUCAGUCUUGCAGGUCUCCAAACUUAUUGUCAAAAGCACACGUGUGAAAACACAUCAGGUCCCCAAUACCACUGCUCUGGCGUUGUUGGGCCUGCAAACACUCGACAACAGAAAGAAAGGCGCAGUUUUUAAGCCUGAGACCCAGAGGCUUGCACCUCAGAACCUCAUUUGGAUCACUUUUACUUCCACAUAGGCCAGUCUCGGUCAAAGUUCAGCGCAAUGAUUAGGAAGAAACCGUUAACUAUCAAAGCCUGGCCAUUCACACCUGAACCUUCGCCUCGACUUGAGCCUGCAGUCUAUUACUUGGACGACAUCUCAGAAGAACUCGACAUGUCGGGGGACGAACUACCGCGGGCUCGGCCCAUCAGUAUGGUGUCUCGGAGGGAAGGCAUCAUGUCACCCGGAAGACCUACGUUAGAAGAUGUCCUGAACAACAAAGCGCCAUCUCCUUACACCCUGGCCGCAUACACGGCGUUUCUCUCGCAGCAGCACUGUUUAGAGACGCUCGAAUUUACCACAGAAGCAAAGCGAUACGCCGACAAGUACGAUGAGGCUUGCGCAAGUCUGGCCGGCAUGCCAAUGACGGUCGACACGACUGAAGGAUGGGAGCUAAUACAGGAUUGGACGAGGAUCCUCGAUAUCUACGUCAAACCAGGCGCCCCGCGAGAAAUCAACCUACCAGCCGAAGAACGCGACGGUAUAGUCCAAGUCCCAUACGAACUGAAACCCCCUCGGCCCGAGACGCUCGAUCCAGCGGUGAAACGAAUGUACGACUUGAUGUCGGAUUCUAUUUUCAUUCCCUUUUGCAACAGCCUCAAACAACUGCCGUACGCGCAGACCUACAAUACCAUGUCGGAAUACACUGGUUACGGAGAUUUCGAACCAUCAAGGUUGACAUUUGACGAACGCACCCUGCAUCAUCAGAUAUCCCGUCGACGGCGGUCUCCACCGAACACCUCGGACGCAUCAUUCCAGCCAUCCCGCUCACCUCCUCAGCAACACAACCGAUCGUCGACGCUGUCGUCUGCACUAGGCCGCCAGAGCGGAAACAGAUUGUCCACCCACGUUUCACACUCCUCUGCUGUCUCGGAGAGUGCGUUGACGGAUAGUAGUGGCGGACCUGAAAGUCCUUCUGCCGGCGAGCACGAUUCUUCCAUUACUCCGCCAACCACCCCUCCCACUAGUGACUUGGGGCUGGCGGGCACGAGUCAUGGCAGUAGCGGCAUGUCUUUUCACCCAACCAAGUCACAUCGGAGUGAAAGUGGGGGAGGAUGGAAAAAGGCGAUGAAAAUGUUCAGUGGAGGAAAACGGAAAAAUGGCAGUUUUCAUGAGACUGACUGAGCACGGCAUAUUGUUUGUUUGCACUACUCUGGAGCGCAUUCAUCAUCGGCAUUGCAAUGAGGGUUUCGAGGUGCUGGGAAAUUUGUAUGCGAUCAUGGACGACAAACACGGCGUCAAUCGGGUUACAUAACGGGGAUAACAUUCACGGAUACGGGACUAUUUGAAAUGCAUUCGAGGUUCAUGAUGCGGCUAUGAGAUAUGAACUGCAUGCGGCGUUGGAUGAAAUGGAUUGGGAUGUACAUGUUACGAACAUGUUCUUGAGGGUCGAGCGUGUAAACUCGUGCUUUUCUCUUGCCCUUCUCCUCGGGGAGGAGGUGCAGAAUACCUUACUUUCUUUUUCAAACUUGACAAGGAAUGGCCAGAAGGCCAUGAUCGACAGCGGGCGAAGGGACCGAUGUCAGGAUUGAUGGAUCUGAAAAUGACAUUCGGAUUGUUCUAGCUACGUAAACCCGCUUCCAUGCUACUAGCUAGGCUGCGAUAUUGGAUCAUCAUCACCAAGCUCCUAUGAGUUAUCAAGCUCCUAUCGUGGCAACGAACAAAAUGAGCUGGUCAAGUUCACUCGAAAAUCUACACAAUGCUCCUUAUGACAAGCCAUCCCGACCACGUGCCUUUCAUUUUCAUAGCAUUCGUGGUCGGUUUCAAAGAGUUAACGCAGGGUUCCCACUCGAACUGCUUUCUACCUCGGCUUUUUAGGGUGACAACUGGCAUUCAUUAGAGGGUUUAGUUAGAAUAGGGUGAUAGGCAAUAGUCCCGGCCAAGAAUGGGACUUGGAAUCCACUAUACUAUCGAUGUCUUGUUCGUG